AUGAAGCUGUCUGCGAAAUCUAUGCUGCCGGCUUUUGCCUUGGCAGGAAUGGCACUUGGAGAUUCUGUUCCUUUCGAGCGGAUCGACAAGAAUGACUCUAUGCUACUGAUCCUCGACCUGCAGGAGGGCCUCUACAAUCUCGCUAGAGACUUCGACGCUACCCUCUACCGCGAUUCGAUGAUCGCUCACUCUGCCAUCGGGAAGGUUUUCGACCUGCCUGUCGUGAUGACCACCUCGGCCCAGACAGGCCCAAACGGCCCUCUGCCACAGGAAAUCCUGGAUAUGUACCCUGACGCACCCCUUAUCCAGCGCCAGGGCGAGGUCGAUGCCUGGGACAACGCCGAAUUCCGCGACGCCAUUAGGGCGACCAACAAGUCGCAGAUUAUCAUGGCCGGCAUCGUCACUGACGUCUGCACGACCUUCCUCGCCCUCUCGCUCCGCGCAGAAGGCUACUCUGUCUGGGCAAACGUCGAGGCCUCGGGAACCACGACGCCCCUGAUCCGCGACAUCUCCAACGAUCGCAUGGCCCGAGCGGGCGUCAACGUCGUCUCCUUGUUUUCCAUCAUCUGUGAUCUCAUGCGCGACUGGCGCAACACCCCCGGUGCGGCGGAGCUGUUCCCCUGGCUGGACCGGUACUUCCCUGCGUACGGUAUGGUUGCGAGGGGGCACCUCGCCGCGAUUGAGAACGGGACCGUGCUCCCGGGUGAGGACGCGUUGCCUAAAUAA